AUGGUCAAGACCCUCACCACCGCCGCAUCCCUGCUGAUGCUGGCAACAACCGUCUUCGGCGCCUGCGAAACCAUAAGCUACACCGCCUGCCAGGACAGCAUCGUGCACUACUACGAUCCCACAAACGGCGAGGUCUGCGAUCCUCUCGACUGCGGAGGCGGCCAAGCCCCAGUCAAAUAUGACGUCCCCUGCUGUGAUGCCUAUACGGGCACCGAACCUUGCGUGUCCACAACCUCCACGCUCUCCUGCUGGACGCUUUCGUCCAUCUUGGCCUCCUCGACUCCUGCAUCUAGCUCCGCCGAAGCUACGGAAUCUACUGUGACCGAGACGGUUCCUGCGCCUACUUCUACUAGCGCGGCGAAGACUUCUGAGAAUGAUACUGGUACCUCCAGUGCUCCUAUGACUACGACUGCUCCGACUACUACCAAUGCUCCUUCGACUACAGAUGCUGCUACUCAAUCGACGAGCGAGAAGUCUAGCAAUGGGUCCGCUGCCUCGAGUAGCUCUGCCCAUCCGGUUUCGACCAAUAUUGCGGCCGGCUUCGUUGGCUCGUUGAAGGCUGUUGCUGGCGCUGCGAUCGGUGCUAUUGUCCUGGUUUAG